AUGUCCGACGACCGUCGGAGCAACCAGCAGAGCCCUCAGCAGCCUGCUGGGGGCGCAGCGGUCUCGGUGGCGGGCGACGACAUCGGUCUCAGCGUGGACCUCGCCGAGCUCAUGCAGACGGACCCCGUCAAGGCGAAGUGGCAGCUCCAGGUCCACAAGGUAUCCCACUCGUUGGCCCUGACAGGCAGCAAGGCUCUUGGAAGGCAAAGGAACACUCUGAGGCUCUACGCAACCGAAGCGGACCAGAUGGGGCGGAGCGAGGGCGACAGCAUGAGGGAGCACGCCGAUCUCAACCAGGAGAUCGAGAAGCUCAUCUCCGAGAAUGCCUGGUUCACGAUGGCGAGGCCCGCGCUCGACGAGUUGCUCUUCAAGCUCAAGGAGAAGGGCAUCGACUUCCCCACCAAGGCCAAGAACGACUGCGCGGCACGUGCUAUCGCGGACUGGUCGCAGAACACGACAGAGAGUCUGGAGACCCGUGUGGCCAGCCUGCUCGACAUGGUCCAGGCGUGGCCGAAACCUGGGGAGGAGGCGACGUUUGACCCCUUGCAGCCUCGUGUGCGCCACAUGGAUGGCUCGCCGAAGGACCUCAUGGCUACGAUGAUGGAUACGGUGCUGAAGAAGGUGAUCAUACCGCUCCUCAAGGACGGUGCCAGCAGCUUCGACUGCUUGCUGAGGGUGAUCAGGAACAUCAUCACUAUGAUCUCGCAGGCCAGCGACGAGGAGAACCUCGACUUCGAGCCCUACGAGGAGUCGGGGGACACCAUGCUCUCGAUGCUCCGUGGCAUCGCGGUGGUCAUACAGCCUGACAUUGAACAGCAGCGCGAGCUCCAGGCCACCAACAAAGACUUCGACAAGCUUCAAGCGGCCUCUGCGAACCUGCAGCCAGGCGAACUCAGCGUCAUCGCAACGAUGAAGCAGAACGGCCACUACAAGACCCUCCUUGCGGAAUACAUGCGUUGCAAGCCCCACUAUGAUGAUAUCAUGCCCCGCUUGACUCAGAGCCAGAAGCAGCUGACGGAGCUCGAGAUCACCCGAGGGUUCCAGGACAACUGCCUCAUCGUGCUGAAUGCUUGGAAGAUGAAGCCCGGAGCGGAGAAUAAGAUACGCAGUGCCCAACUCAAAAGCAUGUCAGGGUGCCUCGAGACCUCUACCAUGGCAGCGCUGACAGAUGCGCUCGACUCCGUCAAGAAGAAUACGCUUCCACAGAAUAUGUCAGCCAACUCGAGGGAGCUGCUCACGACGUGUAAGGAUGCCAAGUUCGAUAUCCUCUUCGCCGACGAGCUCAACACUUUCGUAGAGGCCGCUUCUAAGAGACAGACGGUGGGCAGCCAUACCACCAGCUUCUGCGACGCCAUGGGCUCGUUCAGCUUCACGGACGCGAUAUACGCCUUCCUGGGUAACACCAUGCUGCACAUGGGCAAGGACGAGGACUACAACCUCUUGGAGGGCACCUGCAGUUUCAUGAUGAGCCAGUGCCAGCUCUGCUCGAUCCUGCUGGACAUCGCGGGUGAAGUGCGCCACGACAUGGUAGCGACCAAGACGGCCUUGAAUAAGUUGAGCGGCCUGCAGUGGGACUUCACCAACGUGCACAACUACAAGAAGCUCGGCGACGACGCCGAAAAGCGCAUCAUGGCCGACAAUAGUUCCGUGGCCCUCAAGCGCUUCGUGGCGGCGAAGGAGGCCAUGCUUCAG